AUGUUAUGCUCGUUGUUUGGCAAUACAGUAGCAAUCUACAUAUUUUUACGCAAGCGUAAAAGUUCGGGCAAUCAUUGUCAUCCAACCAUACGGCGACUGACCGGCACUGAAAGAAAUAUUACUUCGCAUCAUGAAGAGCAUCUGCAAAAUCAGACACAAUCAGAUCCUGAAAAUCACAACUUUCCUGAUGUAUUUGUCUCUUCAAAUAACCGUGAUUAUAACAGUUCAAUGAAAAAGCAUCUUGAUAAUUCAGUUGAAAAGGCACAGAAACGCUUACGUUUUACCAUACGUAGCACAUAUCAGAAGCGUACAUUUAAUGUGAAUCCAUCAUUUGAUUAUUAUUUGGCGAGUUUAGCAAUAUCUGACUUUUUUAUGGGUGUUUUCUGCAUUCCAUUCACAUUCACACAAAUUUACUUACAUUACUGGCCUUUCCCUGAUUUGAUGUGUCCAAUAGUUGUCUACGUACAAUUAGUUAUGGUUACAGCAUCAUCUUUGACAAACACAGCUAUCAGUGUAAACCGUUUAUUUGGUAUUGUUGGUUCACUUAAUACUGAUCACUGGCAUAGUAGACAUCAACAAUCAUUCACAAUUGGUAUCAUAAUAUGUAUAUGGACUAUUGCCUUCACUGGCAGUACUGUACAGUUAUUCGCCACGAGAACGGAUAUACAACAGCAAAAUCAAACUCAUUCUGAACAAGAAGUAGAAUAUCCAGUUGAUAUUAAGCUAUGCCAAGAGUCGUGGGAUGGUGAUGAGUACAAACGCUCCAUUUACACAAUUGUACUAUUCUUAGUAAUAUAUGUUAUACCACUUGGAAUACAAAUCUCAACUUAUGGAUAUAUAGCUUUUAGACUAUGGAAUCGCAUAACACCUGGUGAACAAAUUAAAUGUGUAGAGGAUGUAAGACUUAAAGAGAAAAAGCGUAUUAUCAAAAUGUUGGUUUUCAUUGUUGCAAUGUUCGGUGUCUGUUGGUUGCCGUCACACCUGUUUUUCCUUUUGCAAGAUUUCCACCCAGAGUUCCGUAAAAUACCUGACGAUUCAAAAAGAAUUAUUUUUGGCGUAUGUCACUGGAUUGCAAUGUCAAAUACUUUUGUCAAUCCAAUAAUUUACUUAAUCAUGAGUAAAUCAUUCCGAGAUGAUUUCAAACAAAUCAUGAAGUGUACAGUUCCAUGCUGGAGUAAAACCAGUUUAUCAAAUCCUUGA